AUGUCUGAACGGGAUUUGGUUUCUUGGAAUUCUUUGAUUUGUGGGUAUGGCCAAUGUAAGAGGUAUAGAGAGGUUUUGGAUGUUUUUGAAGCAAUGAGGAUGGAUAAUGUGAAGGGUGAUGUUGUGACAAUGGUGAAAGUUGUUUUGGCUUGUUCUGUUUUGGGUGAGUGGAGUGUUGUUGAUGCCAUGAUUGAGUACAUUGAGGAAAAUAAGGUGAAGGUUGGUGUUUAUUUGGGAAAUACGUUAAUUGAUAUGUAUGGACGGUGGGGUAUGGUUGAUCUGGCCCGACGAGUAUUUGAUCGAAUGCAUGAUAGGAAUAUGGUUUCUUGGAAUGCCAUGAUCAUGGGUUAUGGGAAAGCAAGAAACAUGGUUGCUGCAAGGGAGUUGUUUGAUGAUAUGCCAUAG